AUGAUCGCUACACCUGCACCAAUCUUCUAUAAAUCAGUUCACACAUGUAAAGAACAUCACAUAGCUGAAAACAUUGCUAAUAGGAUUAACAAUAUGAUACAAGAAACUGGAAUUAACAAAUAUGUUGGUAUUAUUACAGAUAACACAAAAAACAUGAAGGCAGCUUGGAAUAUUUUAAAAGUUAAAUAUCUAGAUAAAUUAAACCUUAAAAAAUUAUGGGAUUUUUUAGAACCUUUUAUUAAUUUUAUACACUGUUUAGAAAGUGAUGAGCCAUAUCUUUCUUCAGCAUAUAAAAAUUUACAGGAAUUAAAAAAUACUAUCAUAAAUAAUUUGCAAGUUCCAGAAGAAUUGCAAAAUGAAACUUUGCAAGCUGCUAGAUCUAGAUGGGUUAAUAUUUUAUACAAUUCUGCAGUUAUUAUUGCAUAUACACUUGAUCCAAGAUAUCAGAGUGAAGAUCUUGAUUUUGAAAUAUGGGGAGAUAUUAUUAAUAAGGAA